AAUCCUGAAGUGGUUUCUUUUCUUCUCCCCCACAAUCUCUCACUGAGUGGAACAGAAAGGGAAACAACAUGAGAGACACAGGAGUAGGAGCAGAAGGAGGAGCAGCAGGAGACAAAAUCAUUAAAUCUGAGAAAGACCAGAGUUGGAUCCCCAAAAUCAUCAAGAAAAGAGUGUGCACCACCUUCGUAGAAGAUUCUUUCAGUAAUGGCGCGCUGUGCCAAUGCGGGGGUUUAAGAGAUGACCAUGGCUCUGUGGCUCUCGGUGACUAUUUCAGCACAGCGAUUGUCAACCGCUGGGACAGCGCCCAGCACUCCUCUGAAUACCCGACUGACGCCUUUGGAGAGUUGCAGUUCGCAGGAGCCAGCAAGAGGCAUAGCUAUUUCCUGCGUCUGUCAUGGGACACCAACCCGUCUAUGGUCUACACACUGAUGACAGCCCACUGGGGUCUCCCUUUGCCUAACCUGGUGGUUUCUAUAGUGGGCGGAGAAGGCAGGACAAAGGUGAAGACCUGGGUACGGGAGGUGCUCAGGCAGGGACUGGUGAAAGCCUCACAAAGCACAGGAGCGUGGAUCCUGACGGCAGGCUUGCGUGAAGGCGUCGGCAGGUGCGUCGGAGAGGCGGUGAGGGAUCACGCCACCGCUGCCUCGUCGUUGUCCCUCAACAAGGUGGUGGCGCUGGGCAUCGCUCCCUGGGGCCUGGUGCACAACCGAGAGCAGCUGGUCAACCCUCAGGGCAGCUUUCCUGCUAAGUACUAUGUCCAGAACAUGACCCGGGACUCCUGCUGCCUGGACAACAACUACCAGGCCUUCCUGCUGGUGGACGACGGGAGUGUGGGACGCAGAGCAGAGACGGGGUUCAGGGCCAAACUGGAAGACUACAUCUCCCACCAGCGCACGGGCAUCUGGGGCAGCGGCAGCAUUGACAUUCCCGUCCUUUGUAUGCUGAUAUCAGGGGAGGCAAGCAUGCUGGAGAGAGUAGAUCUUUCUCUGAAAAGCUCCAUGCCCUGGCUGGUGCUGGCUGGCUCGGGAGGCCUGGCCGACUUCCUGAGCGACGUCUUGGACAAUCUGUCGUCGGCGCCGGCUGUCCAGUCUUCCGGCGAGGGGGACGGCGAGGCGGGUCCCAGCAUGGAUCUGAAAGACAGAGUGGCAGAACGGGUUAAGAAGCACUUCCCUUCUGAAGCGGAGUCGGAUAAACUAGUUGAACGGACUCUGAGCAUCUACCAGAACCGAGACUUUAUUACAAUCUACCACGGAGAGCAGGAGGGCCCAAAUGACUUUGACACAGUUCUGCUCAAAGCAUUGGUGGGAGCUAGUAAGCAUCGUGCGUCAGUUGACUCCAGCCCUUACAAUGAAGAGCUGAAGCUGGCGGUCACAUGGAACAGGGUUGACAUCGCCAAGAGUGAACUCUUCAAUGGAGACAUCCACUGGAGGUAUGAAGACUUGGAAGACUCCAUGACAGACGCCCUGAUCAACGACAAGCCUCAGUUUGUGCGUCUCUUCACUGAGAAUGGCCUCAACAUUCUGGACUACCUGACUUACGGCCGGCUGGAAAGCCUCUACCGCUCGGUGGCUGACGGGACGGUCCUUUACCAGCUGCUUCAGCGCCGGCUAGUGGAGCGGCUGGGAACCGCAGCUUAUGCGCCGACAUCAAACAUGAAGGAGUCGCCUUCCAAAGUGGAAGCAGAGAACAUACAGAUUGGCCCAGGGACGGAGAUCAGCCUUUUUGAGGUUGCACGGGUCCUGGAGCUGUUAAUGGGUGACGUCUGCCAGCCAUUUUACUACGAUGCUUUGGGCUUAGAACAGAUCUCAUCCAAGAGGAGAGCUCUUAGGCGUGCCAGUAAGCUGCUGCGGGGAGACUGCUUGUAUCGGGAUAAGCGCUGCCUCUUCCCGUGGGCUUCGCUCUUCAUCUGGGCCGUCCUCCAGAACCGCAGCGAGAUGGCCACUUACUUCUGGGAGAUGGCAGGAGAGUCGGUGCUGAGUGCUCUGAGCGGCUGUAAGAUCCUGAGGGAACUGUCCAAGCUGGAGGUCGAGACUGAGACCAAGCUGUCCAUGAAAGAGCUGGCCCAGAGGUUUGAGAACGUGGCACAUGACGUCUUCAGCUCUUGCUAUCGGAGCAACGAAGGUCGCUCUUUCACCCUGCUCAUUAGGAAAUCUCCAGUUUGGGGUGGGACCACUUGCCUCAAGAUGGGCAUGGGCGCCGACGCACGACUAUUCUUCAGCCACGACGGAGUACAGUCUCUAAUGUCCCAGAUCUGGUGGGGUGACAUGAAGAGGAGCACGGAGGUGUGGAAGCUCCUUCUCACCUUCUUCUGCCCCGUCCUCUGCUACACCAACCUCAUCUCCUUCAGGAAACAAGAGGACCACCAUCAAGAGGAGCAGGGGAAGCCCAACGAGGACGGGCCAGGCAAGGACAGCGACAGCCUCUACGGCCACACCAUCUUCUCUUUCUCCGACAUCAAGCACAUUGAAGAUGAUGCACAAGGAUAUCACAGUCCCAGAUCAGCAACCAUGAAAGGCGUACCCCACUCUCACCGACCACCAAAGCGUCCAUUCAUAGUGUCAAGAUGGCGUCAGUUCUGGUAUGCACCCGUCACCGCAUUUUUGGGCAACGUUCUGAUGUACUUCCUUUUCCUCAUGCUGUUUGCCUCCGUGCUGCUGGUGGACUUCCAGCCCCCGCCGCCGGCUGGUCCGGCCAUCUCAGAGUACGUGCUGUACUUCUGGGUUUUCACCAUCGUGUGUGAGGAGAUCCGGGAGACGUUCUUUUUGGGGACGAUGAACUGGCGUCAGAGGGUCAGAGUGUACAUUCAGGAUGUGUGGAACAAGUGUGACCUCGCUGCCAUUGUGUUGUUCAUCAUAGGAGUCAUCUGCAGGAUGUUCGAAUGGUCGUAUGGAUUUGGCCGGGAUGUCCUGUGUGUGGACUACAUGGUCUUCACCCUCCGUCUCAUUCACAUCUUUGCCAUUCACAAACAGCUGGGACCAAAAAUCAUCAUUGUUGGCAAGAUGAUGAAGGACGUUUUCUUCUUCCUUUUCUUCCUCAUGGUGUGGCUCAUGGCGUACGGAGUAGCCAAUCAGGCUUUGCUUUACUCAUACGACCCUAGCUUGGAUCGCAUCUUUCGCCGGGUUUUCUACAGGCCGUACCUGCACAUCUUUGGACAGAUCCCUGUGGAGGAGAUGGAUGUGGGGAAGCAGUGGGACAUGCCCUGCACAGACAACGUGACACUGAUUCAGAUGGGCGAUGAGCCGUGCAGGACUCUGUAUAGUAACUGGCUGGUGGUAAUCCUGCUGGUUGUUUAUCUGCUGGUCACCAAUAUCCUGCUCAUCAACCUGCUCAUCGCCAUGUUCAGCUACACCUUCUCUGAAGUGCAGGCUAACAGCGACAUCUACUGGAAGUUCCAGCGCUACAACCUGAUCGUUCAGUACCACUCCCGUCCUUCCCUGGCUCCUCCUUUCAUCAUCCUCUCUCACAUCAAUCUCUUUAUCAAGAGGAUCAUCCGCAAGGUGCCCUCCAUCAAGAUCCACCACUUUGUAUUGCAGUUAAAAGGGAAAGCAGCCAACAGGCUAAUGACGUGGGAAACCAUUCAGAAGGAGGACUUCCUGACGGCCCAGAACACGAUCCAGAAGAGCAGCGACUCAGAGAGGCUCAAACGGAUGUCUGUCAAAGUGGAUGGUGUGCUUAAACACAUGACUGAAAGCAGAGACUUUGACCACAGGCUGAGGGCUCUGGAGAAUGAGAUGGAGUAUUGCUCAAAUGCUCUCAGCUGGAUUGUGGAUACUUUGGCCCAAGGCAGCACAUUCAAACCUCCUCGGCCUCCACCUACGCUAAGAGAUGCGUUCCCCUCUUCUUCCAAUUCCGCCUGAUCCAGCCUUGGCGAUGCCUUCACUAGCUCAGGGUCGCCGUAAGACAAGAUUUACGCUUUUUUACUUUGGCUGCUCCCUUACUGUCUCACUGUUUGCCAGUUACGUUCAUCACUGGACUCACUUACCAAAUAGUGUCAAUUGUUCUGAGCUGAAAAAAGUGUAGCAGCCAUCACUACUUGUUACAGUAUUGAUUACUUGCCAAAGCUGAUAUUUUAAGUGUGCAAUUGAUCUUAUUCAAAGUCAAAGUGUACUGUAUGUAUUUAUGAUGUGGCAUGAUAUAUUUUACUUGCCAAUGGCCAUCAUGUCUUUGUUACUGUAGUUUUAAGCUGACCGCUGGAAUUCUGUUGCUAAGGUUUCUAUAUAGGUUUUUACUGCUAUAUUGAAACUAUGAUAAUGUUUACAGGGGUUACAAUCAGUGCACAUUAUUGUUUAACACUUUUUUGUUCAGUUUCUGGCAACCUUAAAUGUUAAAUCAUGUUUUUGUAUUGCUACAUUUUUUAUUCUGUUCAAUAAAUUGUAUAUACAGUA